AUGCUCAAAUAUCUUUUAUUAUGUAUAAGUCUUCGUAUAGUCUCGAUAAAUUCAAAUCAAAUUAAUCGUUUACGUCGACAAUCUCCUUUUGCUGAUGGUAUUCAACCAUCAUUACAUAAAUAUGAACCACGACGAAUACUUUCAACAAAUGCUCAUCGUAAACUUGAAUCAAAUUAUAUGAUUGUUGGUCCUAAAUUAGUUCGUCCUUCAGAUAUUGUUUCUGUUUGGGUAACAAUUUUAAAUGAUCAAUGGACAUCAACAAAUGUUGCUGUUUCAUUAUUCAAUCAAAAUGAUGAAAUAGCAUCAAAUGAAGAACGUUUAAUACCACAAAUUCCAACGGCAAUUAUAUUUCAAGUACCACAAAAUGCACCGAAUGGUUCUUAUACAAUCUAUGUUCGAGGAACAUUACCAGAUGGUGAUGUUGUAUUUUAUAAUGAAACAAAUGUAAUUUUUCAUGCAAAAUCUCUAUCAAUAUUUAUUCAAUUAGAAAAACCAAUGUAUAGACAUGAUCAACUAGUUAGAUUUCGAUGUAUUCCAGUUUAUUCAGAUUUACGUGGCUAUUUUAGUACAGUUAAUGUUUAUGUUAUAGGUCCAAUGAAUAAUAUUUUAAGACGUUGGCUUAAUUUACAAACAACAUGGGGAUAUGUUGAAUUAGAAUAUAAAUUUGCGUCAUUUAUUGCUUUUGGUACAUAUAAAAUUCGUUGUGAAGCUCAACAAUCAGCAGCAGAAAAAACAUUUUUAGUUGAUUUUUUUUUACAGAAAAAAAUUGAAGUUAAUGUAUCAUUACCAUUUUUUAUUAAUAUGGAAUCACCAGCUAUUAAUGGAAUUGUUACAGCAAAUUAUACAACUGGACGUGGCGUUCAAGGUUUAAUGAGAUUAACAGUACGUUUAAAAAAUAUGGAUGACAGUUUUGAACCAGCAGUAAAUAUUAUUCCAGUACCGGAUGCACCAGGACCAAAACUGGAUUAUGAUUAUAAACCAUUUGAUGGUCGUGCGGAUUUUAUUAUACCAAUGUCAGAAGCAAGUCAAGAAUUUGGUGAUUUAACAAAUCGUGAACUAAUAUUUACCGCAACUAUAUAUGAUCCAAUAUGGAAUGAAACAACAAAUUCAUCUUUUCUUACAUCAUUUUAUAAAACAGAAUAUCGUAUUAAAUUUCUUAAUAGACAAUCAGGUGUAUUUAAACCUUCAAUGUCGUAUACUGCUAAUAUUGCUGUACUUAAUGGUGAUCAAAGUCGAUUUCAAGCUGCUAAUUUUGAUCGUAAUACGACUUAUGUACGUAUACAAACUAAUUUUGAUACUGGUUUAUCACCUGCUUCAAUUGAUUAUCCAAUACCUGAUGAUUCUAUUGUACGACAUGAGUUUAUUAUUCCAAAUCAAAAUCAAACAAUGUAUAUGUCUAUUCGAGCUGAAUUAUUUGUUAAUAAUGAAUUUAUUCAAACAGCAUUUAUUGAACAACGUUCUGUUCGUUAUCGAUCACCAAGUCAAUCAUACAUUCAAAUUACAACAAGUACAUUAGAACCUCGAAUAGAUAAUUAUAUGAUUUUUACAGUUAAUGUUAGUCGUUAUUGUGAACAAGUUCAUUAUCAUAUCAUUUCAGCAAGUCGUAUUGUUUAUACAGAUACAAUUCAAAUGCGUGGAUUACGUCAACAAACAUUUUAUGUUGCUGUAACACGUCGUAUGGCUCCAUCAGCACAUAUUCUUGCCUACUUUAUCGAUGUUACAGGUGAACUUGUAGCUGAUGUUAAUCAUUUUCAUGUUAUUAUUACAUCGGAUACUGUUGUACUUAAUUUAACAAUAAAUCAAAGAAAAGAUUUAACUGGUGAAACAGUUGAAUUACUUGCUUAUGGACCUGCACAAGCAAGAGUUGCAUUUGCCGGAACUGAAUAUGCUCAAUAUCAAUUAUAUGGUGGAAAUGAUCUACUUGAAAUGGAUAUUUAUAAUGAAUUAUAUGAAUAUGAUAUAGCUGCUCAUCCAAGUCCAAAUAUAACAUGGUAUUCGAAUUUUUUAACACCAUCAGAAAAAGUUUAUCGUGUAGGACAAUCGAUUGCCGCUAAUGCAUAUCGAGCAUUUCGUUCAGCUGGUCUUUUUCUAUUAACUGAUAUAGAAAUCGUUAUUAAUGAAGAAGAAGAAGAAAAAUUUUGUAUGGAAUUAGGAAAUCGAUUUACUUGUAAUGAUGGAUCAUGUUAUACAAUUAGUGAAAAAUGUGAUGGAGUUUUUAAUUGUUUAGAUGGAGCUGAUGAACUUGAUUGUCCUGAAAAACCCGGACCAUUAUUUACACCAAUUAAUAAACGCUUAUGGCCAUAUUGGGAACGUUUUUUUGCAUUGUCAUUUGCUUGGGAAUCUGUUUCAUCUUAUCCAGAUGGUCGAGCUCAAUUAACUGUUGAUGUUCCUCAUGUCAUUGGUACUUGGAUUGUUUCAGCAUUUUCAAUUAGUCAACAAAACGGUCUUUCAGUUUUGUCUAAUGUUGUUAUAUUUGAAGGUACAAGACAAUUUUUUAUUGUUGUUGAAAUUCCGCCAACAGUUCGACUUGGUGAACAAAUAGGUGUUCGUGUUGAUGUAUUUAAUUUUCAAAGACAUCGUAUUGAAGCUUUGAUUAUAUUACAUGCUUCACCAGAUUAUCGUUUUGUUAAUCUUGAUCAACAUGGACAAGUGUCUUCGUUUGCACCACGAACAUCUCAAGGACAACAUCAUGUACUUCUUAUUCUUUAUCCAAGUAGUUCAAGACGUAUCUAUAUUCCAAUAUUACCAUUAAGAGCUGGAAAAAUUGAUGUUACUAUUGAAGGUAUAACAGGAGUUAAACGAGAUAUUUCUACACAAUCAAUCACUGUUGUGUACGAAGGAAUAAUAAAUUAUUAUUCGACAUCAACAUUAUUUUCACUUGAACAUACACCUCGACAAAUGCUUGAAUUUGAUAUUAUUAUACCAGAAAAUUAUAUAUUACCAUUAAAAAAUUAUUUUAUUUAUGUACCUGGUUCAGCAACAGCUACUGUUUAUAUGUCAGGUGAUGUUGCUGGACCAUAUUUUUGGGCAGGACAAGAUGCACCACUUACAUCAGAUAAUCUUAUCUAUAAAACAGUUGCACCUGCUGAAGGUGCAUUAAUCGGUUUUUCAUCUAUGGUUUAUGAUAUAAUUUAUUUGAGACAAGGUCAUGGUGCAAAAAGUUUCGAUUACGAUAAACUUUAUCAAUUACUUGAUCUUGCUAAUAUAGAAUAUAAUCGUUUAAUGGCAUUUUAUUUUGAUGAUGGAUCAGAUAUGGGUAUACAUGAUGGUGCAUUUAGUAAUUUUGGUUGGAAAAAUGAAACUAGUGUAUGGUUAACAUCAUGGGUAUUGAUUGCGUUAAAAGAUGCAGCACAAGCGGAAUGGGAAGAAUAUAAUCUUUUUAUAGAUCCACGUGUACGUGCGAAAUCAUCCAAAUGGAUUAUAACACAUCAAACCCCUGAAGGUUCAUGGGGAGAACAUAGUAAUAUCCUUGAUCGAGAAAAAUUUCAAUCUCUAUUACAUUCGAUUGAUACAAAUAUACCAUUAAACUUAUCAUUAACAGCUCAAGCAUUAAUUGCAUUAAAAAUGAAUACAGAUAUAAAUGGAUUAAUUAAAGAGGAUAUGACUGAUGCUAUUGAUCGUGGUCGAAUUUGGCUUGAAAAAUAUUAUCGUAUGAUUGAAGAUUCAUUUGAAUUAGCAAUAACAACAUAUGCAUUACAUAUUGUCAAUAGUCCUGAAAAAGAUAAUGCUUUUAAUAUGUUAAUUAAACGAUAUCGAAAAAAUGCUGAUGGUAUGUAUUGGUCAAAUGUUGAUUUACCAUCGAAUAGAAUUGGAUAUGGAACUGUAACUGAACAUUUGUUACCAAAAUCGGAAUCAGAAUUAGAAGCACAUGCUAUUUCAUCAACAUCUUUUGCAUUAUUAACAUAUAUCUAUCGUGCACAAACAUUAUUAGGAAGAACAAUUGUAAAUUGGUUACAAACACGAAGAAAUUUUGUUGCUGGUUGGUGUUCAAGUUAUGAUUCAUUUUUUGCUUUGAAAUCUCUUGUUUAUUAUGCUAUUCGACAUGGAUUUACAAUUCAACAAUAUAAUUUACAUAUAAAUUUACGACCAACAAAUGAUAUAGCUCAAAAAGGUGAACCUUUUGUAAUUAAUGAUGAAAAUAUUAUUGAUCUACAAAAAUAUGACAUAAAUUCAGUUUAUGGAAGACUCUUUAUUGAUACAUAUGGAAUAGGACAUACACUUAUUCAAAUGACAGUUUCGGCCAAUGUUGAAUUUCCUGAACUUAUUCGUCCAAUUCCAUAUCAAGCAUUUCAUUUAUCAUUAAAUGUUCAUCUAUCACAAAAAUAUAAUUUUAGUUAUUUAUUAUAUGAACCAUGUGUUACAUGGUUACCAGGUCCUAUAAAAGCUCAUCGAUCUGGUUGGUCAAUAUUUACUAUUGAAAUUCCAACAGGUUAUCGAAUUGAAGAACGUUUUCUUAAAGAUCUAGUUGGAUUUGGUAUUGUAAGAAAUCUUCGUGAUGCUGAAAAUUAUCCAAAUUCACUUAAUUUUCUUUUUGAAUUUUUUGAUACAACUCCGAUUUGUUGGCAAUUUGAACUUAAACGUUUUAUACCUGUUGCUAAUAUGACACGUUAUUAUGAAAUGAAAGCAUAUGAAUGGCAUGAACCAUGGAGUGCUAAUCGAUCAAUGUACACUUUACGUACACUUUUUGGUCUUGAUAUUUGUGAUUGA